AUGUGGUCCGAUCUGACAUCAUGGCUGGUCAGACUCUUCUAUGCCAACUUGGAGGUGGUACAGGAUGAUGAUCGUGGGAUGGUACUGCAGUCCACUAUUGACGGGCACAUCAUCACUGUUGAUCCCCAGAUCAUCAGUCACUUCAUAGGCGUUCUAGUGCUUGAUCUGCUCGGCAGUCCUUAUAAUGAGGUACAAAUCUUUGCUGAGGCUGCUGAUGCUGGGAUGCUUGGUAUCGUGGUCCAUGAGAUCAAGGAGCUUGAUAUCUUGGUGCUUGAUGGUUUGGGGCCUGAUACCAUGGUGUCUGGAAUUGGGCCGCAGGACAUUCUGGAGGUGUUCAAGCAAGUACAGAUUAACAUCCCGUUUCUUGAUGCCAUCCAGCAGGUUCCGUCUUAUGCCAAAUUCUUGAAGGAUUUGGUAACUGUAAAGCGGAAAACCAAUGUCCCGAAAAAAAGUUUGCUUGACCGAGCAAGCAUCAGCCACAUUGAGAAGAUCAUAGAGGAAGAAUCAAGCACUAAAGACCCCCUGGAGGCAUGCUUUGCUCAGUUCGGAGAGGAUCUGGACUUGGAUGCGUUACUUGAGCAAGCAAAUGCUGUUUUAGAGUUUGCUCCUCUGGAGAGCAAGGAAGAAGAGGAGGCAACAGUACCUGAGCCUCCUAAGAAGGAACUUAAGCCCCUGCCGGACAAUCUUAAGUAUAAGUUCCUAGGUCCAGCCGAGACUUUGCCUGUAAUCAUAGCUUCAGAUAUACAUGCUGCUCAGGAGGAGAAAUUGUUAGACGUUUUGAGAGAGCAUAAGGAAGCUAUAGGCUGGACCAUAGAAGAUAUUAAAGGAAUCAGCCCCUCGGUGGUUAUGCACAAGAUACAUCUGGAGGAAGACACCAAACCAUCGAGGGAGCCACAGAGAAGGCUCAACCCGACCAUGCAGGAAGUCAUCAGAGGAGAAGUAAUCAAGUUAUUGGAUGCAGGAAUCAUCUACCCAAUCUCUGACAGCAAAUGGGUGAGCCCUAUUCAUGUCGUGCCCAAGCGAGCUGGAGUAACGGUCGUGCAGAACAAGGAGGGCGAGUUGGUACCAACUCGAGUACAGUCUGGAUGGAGAGUCUGCAUCGACUACCGCAAGCUGAACACCGCCACCAGGAAAGAUCACUUUCCUCUUCCGUUCAUUGAUCAAAUGGUGGAGCGGUUGGCCAGGCACGAGUAUUACUGCUUUUUGGAUGGUUAUUCUGGAUAUAACCAGGUCCCUGUGGACCCUGAAGACCAAGAGAAGACGACCUUCACUUGUCCGUUCGAGACAUUCGCCUACCGACGCAUGCCCUUUGGGCUAUGCAAUGCACCCGCUACUUUUCAGCGGUGCAUGAUCAGCAUUUUUUCUGACAUGGUGGAGCGGUUCCUGGAGGCAUUUAUGGACGACUUCUCAGUCUUCGGUUCAUCUUUUGAGGAGUGUUUGCAUCACCUCACGUUAGUCUUAAUUGAGGUAGACAAGGCGAAGGUAGAUCUGAUAUCCAACCUUCCGCCCCCACGAACGGUGAAAGAGGUUCGCUCUUUUCUGGGCCAUGCAGGAUUUUAUCGGCGAUUCAUCCAGGACUUCAGCAAGAUAGCUCGGCCCUUGUGCAAAUUGUUGGUGAAGGAAGCCCCUUUCAUUUUUGACAAGGACUGCAAGAAGGCAUUUGGGGCCUUGAAGGCAAUUCUCACGUCCACACCCAUCAUUCGGCCCCCGAGCUGGGGUACACCUUUCAAGAUCAUGUGUGACGCAUCCGAUUACGCCGUUGGAGCUGUGUUGGGGCAGGGCAUUGACAAACUCCCCCACGUCAUUUAUUAUGCAAGUCGAACUCUGAACGACGCCCAGCUGAAUUCUUCGACCACUGAGAAGGAGCUGCUGGCAGUCGUAUUUGCUCUGGAUAAGUUUCGAUCCUACCUACUAGGAUCGAAAGUCAUCAUCUACUCGGAUCACGCGGCAUUGAAGUAUCUUUUCUCCAAAAAGGAUGCUAAAUCUCGCCUCAUUCGGUGGUUUUUGCUCUUACAAGAGUUCGACAUUGAGAUUCGGGAUAAGAAGGGUUCCGAAAAUGUGGUGGCCGAUCAUCUUUCGAGGAUUACCGUGGAUUUCACGGAAGAAGCCGUCCCCAUCUCUGAGACCUUCCCCGAUGAGCAAUUGAUGCAUAUUGCUCAUGCUCACUCACCAUGGUUUGCUAACAUAGUGAACUAUCUUGUUACCGGUCAAGUGCCUUUGCAUUGGGAGCGGCAAGAUAAGUCCAAAUUCAUGUAUGUGGUGAAGAAUUUUUUCUGGGACGAUCCUUACUUGUUCAAGUAUUGUCCCGAUCAGAUCAUUAGGAGAUGCAUUCCCGAUCCUAACCAAUCCAGUCGCUGUCAGAAGCUAGGGAGUAUUUCACGCCGAAAUAUGAUGCCCCUCAACCCCAUUCUUAUUGUUGAAAUCUUUGAUGUAUGGGGCAUCGAUUUCAUGGGACCUUUCCCGACCUCCUUCAGCUAUCUGUACAUACUAGUUGCGGUGGACUACGUGUCCAAAUGGGUAGAGGUUGCUACCUGCAAGACCAACGACCACAAAGUUGUGGUCCAGUUUUUAAAGGACACUAUAUUUGCUUGUUUUGGUACGCCUUGUGACAUCACACCUCGAGCAAUUAUUAGUGAUGGUGGUAAGCAUUUCUGCAAUCGGGUCUUCGAGCAGCUGAUGAAGAAAUAUUGCAUCACGCACAAGGUUGCCACUCCCUAUCACCCUCAAACGAGUGGACAAGUGGAGGUUUCAAACAGAGAG